GGCGGCCGGGGCGGGCGGCGAUGGCGGCGGCGCGGUCCCGCGCAGAUUGCAGUUCCAGAAGAUAGACACCCAGGAGAUUCUACCUUCUGCCAUGGCUCAGUUUGGAGGACAGAAAAAUCCCCCUUGGGCUACUCAGUUUACGGCCACUGCGGUGUCUCAGCCAGCUGCCCUGGGCGUGCAGCAGCCCUCGCUGCUGGGAGCCUCCCCGACCAUCUACACGCAGCAGACGGCGCUGGCAGCCGCGGGGCUGACCACACAGACCCCCACCAACUACCAGCUGACGCAGACCGCCGCGCUCCAGCAGCAGGCGGCAGCCGCGGCCGCGGCCCUGCAGCAGGUAAAGCAAACACAGCGGCCGGCGCUCCCCGAACUUCGUAAAGCUAAAGGAUCCAGGAGGAAAGGAGAAUGGAAAAUGCAAUAUUCACAACCUCAGCAGACUCUCUAUAGUGUACAGCAACAGUUGCAGCAACCUCAGCAGACCCUUUUAACUCAGCCAGCAGUCGCUCUCCCGACCAGCCUCAGCCUGUCCACGCCCCAGCCGGCAGCUCAGAUCACGGUCUCCUACCCGGCUCCCCGCUCCAGCCAGCAGCAAACACAGCCACAAAAGCAGCGUGUCUUCACUGGGGUGGUGACUAAGCUACAUGAUACAUUUGGUUUUGUGGAUGAAGAUGUCUUUUUUCAGCUUAGUGCUGUUAAAGGAAAGACACCUCAGGUGGGUGACAGAGUUUUGGUAGAAGCUACUUACAAUCCUAACAUGCCAUUCAAAUGGAAUGCCCAAAGGAUCCAGACCCUCCCAAACCAGAACCAGAGCCAGGCGCAGCCGCUGCUGAAGACGCCGCCGGCCGUCCUGCAGCCCAUCGCCCAGCAGACCUUCGGGGUCCAGGCACAGCCACAACCACAGUCCCUGCUGCAGGCACAGAUCUCUGCAGCUUCCAUCACACCUCUGCUCCAGACACAGCCUCAGCCACUGCUGCAGCAGCCACAGCAGAAAGGUGGUUUGUUGCAGCCCCCAGUCCGUCUGGUUUCACAGCCACAGCCAGCUCGCAGACUAGACCCACCAUCCAGAUUUUCUGGGAGGAAUGACCGAGGUGGAGACCCCAUGCCAAACCGAAAAGAUGACAGGAGUCGUGAAAGAGAGCGGGAGAGACGUAGGUCCCGGGAAAGAUCCCCCCAGAGGAAACGCUCCCGAGAGAGAUCGCCCAGACGGGAGAGGGAGAGGUCACCGCGGAGACCCCGGCGUGUCGUUCCUCGCUACACCGUUCAGUUUUCCAAGUUUUCAUUGGACUGCCGUAGCUGUGAUAUGAUGGAGCUGAGGAGGCGUUACCAGAACUUGUAUAUCCCGAGCGAUUUCUUUGAUGCUCAGUUUACAUGGGUGGAUGCUUUUCCUAUGUCUAGACCAUUUCAGCUGGGAAACUACUGUAAUUUCUAUGUAAUGCAUAGAGAAGUAGAUCCUAUAGAUAAGAACGCUGCUGUCCUUGAUCCACCUGAUGCUGAUCAUCUCUACAGUGCUAAGGUGAUGUUGAUGGCUAGUCCUAGCAUGGAAGAUCUCUACCACAAGUCAUGUGCUCUGGCUGAGGACCCCCAAGAGCUUCGUGAUGGAUUUCAGCAUCCUGCUAGACUUGUAAAGUUUUUAGUGGGUAUGAAAGGCAAAGAUGAAGCUAUGGCUAUUGGAGGACACUGGUCCCCAUCACUGGAUGGACCUGAUCCAGAAAAGGACCCUUCGGUGCUGAUAAAGACGGCAAUUCGUUGUUGCAAGGCUCUUACAGGGAUUGACUUAAGUGUGUGCACUCAAUGGUACCGUUUUGCAGAGAUUCGCUACCAUCGCCCUGAGGAGACCCACAAGGGGCGUACAGUUCCAGCUCAUGUGGAGACAGUGGUUUUAUUUUUCCCGGAUGUUUGGCAUUGCCUUCCCACCCGCUCAGAGUGGGAAACCCUCUCCCGAGGAUACAAGCAGCAGCUGGUCGAGAAGCUUCAGGGUGAACGCAAGGAGGCUGAUGGAGAACAGGAUGAAGAGGAGAAGGAUGAUGGGGAAGCUAAAGAGAUCUCUACGCCUACACACUGGUCUAAACUGGAUCCAAAAACAAUGAAGGUAAAUGACCUUCGCAAAGAAUUAGAAAGUCGAACCCUUAGCUCUAAGGGACUGAAAUCUCAACUGAUAGCUCGACUCACAAAGCAGCUGAAAGUAGAGGAGCAAAAAGAAGAGCAAAAGGAGCUGGAGAAGUCUGAAAAAGAAGAGGAGGAGGAGGAGGAUAGGAAAUCUGAAGAUGAUAAAGAGGAAGAGGAAAGAAAACGCCAAGAGGAGCUGGAACGUCAGCGGCGGGAGCGACGCUACAUCCUGCCGGACGAGCCGGCCAUCAUCGUGCACCCAAACUGGGCAGCAAAGAGCGGCAAGUUUGACUGCAGCAUUAUGUCUCUGAGUGUUCUUCUGGAUUACAGAUUAGAAGAUAAUAAAGAACAUUCCUUUGAGGUAUCAUUGUUUGCAGAACUCUUCAAUGAAAUGCUUCAAAGAGAUUUUGGUGUCAGAAUUUACAAAGCACUGGUUUCUCUCCCAGAGAGAGAGGACAAAAAGGACAAAAAAAGCAAAAAAGAUGAGAGAAAAGAAAAAAAAGAAGAAAAAGAUGAUGAAACGGAUGAUCCAAAACCUAAGAGAAGAAAAUCUGGAGAUGAUAAAGAUAAAAAAGAAGAGAGAGAUGAAAAGAAGGAACUUCUGUUACAGAGAGAAGAUAAAAGGAAAGAUGAUUCUAAAGAUGAAGAAGAAACAGAAGAUGACAAUAAUCAAGAGGAGUAUGAUCCAAUGGAGGCAGAAGAUGCUGAGGACGAAGAUGAAGAAUGCAGACCACUCGCAACUCCCAUUGAAGUCAGUAGGAGAUACCGGGAUGAAGAAGAAAUGAACAAACGGGAGGACAGAAGAGAGGGAAAUAAGCAUUGUAAAGAGAGGGCGUCUAAAGAUAAAGAGAAAGACAAGACCCAGAUGGUGACUGUUAACAGGGAUCUCCUGAUGGCUUUUGUUUAUUUUGAUCAAAGUCAUUGUGGAUACCUUCUGGAGAAGGACAUGGAGGAGAUCCUGUACACUCUUGGACUUCACCUGUCACGUGCUCAGGUCAAGAAGCUGCUUAAUAAAGUAGUGCUUCGAGAAUCUUGCUUUUACAGAAGACUAACAGAUACUUCUAAAGAUGAAGAAAAUCAAGAAGAGUCUGGCGAGCUACAGGAAGAUAUGUUAGGGAACCGGCUGCUGCUGCCGUCGCCCGCUGUGAAGCAGGAGAGCAAAGCCGCGGAGGAGAACGUGGGGCUCAUCGUCUACAACGGAGCCAUGGUGGACGUGGGCAGCCUUCUGCAGAAGCUGGAGAAGAGUGAAAGGGUGCGGGCAGAGAUAGAGCAAAAGCUGCAGCUGCUGGAAGAAAAAACAGAUGAGGAUGAAAAAACUAUACUGCAACUGGAGAAUUCUAACAAAACGCUAUCUGCGGAGCUAAAAGAAGUAAAAAAGGACCUUGGCCAACUGCAAGAAAAUUUGAAGACCUCAGAUGAUAAAAAAUUGCAAUUUGAGGGUCAGCUGAAUAAGACAAUCAAAAAUUUAGCUACUGUUAUGGAUGAAAUACAGAGUGUUCUCAAACAGGACAUCGUGAAGAACGAAGAUAAAGAUCAGAAAUCCAAAGAAAACGGAGCAAACGUAUGAUAAACUGCUGCUGUUUAGAAGAAUGGUGUUACAUAAUGUAAUAUAAAUCAUGAUACCAGAAUGUAUGGGAAGUGAUGCAUGUUCGAUUUUAGUAGUAUAAAUAUCUUAGGUUCCAAAAGAUGUAUAAAGUUUUAUGAAUGUGAGUGUCUGCUCCAGAAGAUUGCUUGUAAUUCUUAGCAUUCAAUUUGAGACACUCCUCAAGUGAAAAUAAUUUUGCAUUGCGAAAAGUUUUAGGAUGAACUUUGUUAUAGUUUUAACCCUAAUAAAGUUCAUCAACGUAAUGAACAGUAGCAAGUAUUUAAUUACCAAAUGUUUUUCAUCGAAGUCUAGUGAAAUCAAAAUUUUCAUUAUUUAUAGACUUGCCAUUUUUAGGUUUUUGUCUUUAUUUCGGUCUAAUUAGUCUUUUUAAAUUCAAAUAUAAAUCACAAAAUAGCAUGCUGCUUAAUUUUACAAGUAAAGAUUUUUUUUAAAAAAAAGCUUCUUGGAUUUUUUUUUGUUUUGGUUUGGUUUUUGUUUUCACUUGUCACAACUUUUUUUCCCUUCCAUAUAUAACUUUCUUCCCCAAAGCUGCUUGUAUUAAAGCCUUGUAAUAUACAGUAGUUCGGAUGAGUUAAGAAAGCAAUAGAAACCUACCAAAAUAAUGGUAGGGUUGUGAGAUUUAUAUGAAAAUACAUGGGCCUGUUUUAAAUGUGUGUCAUUUGUAUUCAUUAAAUUGUUCUUAUCUUUGGAUUAAUAUAUAUAUAUAUAUACUCCUUUUUAAUAACAAAUGCAGUAUAUUAAGAGGUACAGUUGGAUACCAGGCCAGUAGAUGUCAGAAUAAUGCCUUACAUGGAGAAAAAGCUGCCAGUGUGAACUGCCUUGGGUUAAUUUUGGACUGACAAAGUGUGUCAUAACUGCUAAGCCUUUAGUCCAACAAAAGAAAUGGCUCCAAAAGUAUCUAUACUGCAUGCUGUAAUUACAAAGGAGAGGGACAGUUUGUUGAGAAUGGGUCAGACAGCCUUUCUUUGUGUUCACAAAUCACUAGAGAUCAAAACUCAUGAGUUAAUGUGACUUCCUUGGCAAAGGCAACUUACUCAAAGAAUGUGAAAUAUCAACAGUUGUAUUUUGGUGCAACUUUCAGGAAAAUUAAGGGGUUUGAAAGUUGGGACAGCAGUGUUCUCUUAGAGAAAUGGUUAAUUUUAGCAGAUGUUUUCUUUUUUAGCCUAGAUGUCCUAGGUAACUAAAUACCUGUUAGGAAAGUCCAAGUGCCAUAAUAUGUAUGAAUAACCUACAUGGAAACUCAUGUAGCUUUAAUAAGAUACACAUUAAAAUGCCUGAAUUUAUGUUCAAAAGAGUCUAAGCUGGUGCUUUUAUCACUUACCUUUCUUGGCUCUUUUGGAGCUAGACAAGUGAAAUAUCUUUCAUUAAAGUAACAUGCAUAAGCUUCCCCCUCAUUCAUCUCAUUUGAGCCAUUGUAUAAUACCUGAACUCUUCACAGUCAGGCAGGAAAUACUAUAAAAACACUAAUUGUAUAUAAAUACACAGAAAAUACAUGUUUUAGAAAUUGGGAGAUAACAUCUCAGAAUGAUUGAAUGAGGAUGGUGAUAAAUUUAUCUUCUAAAAAGCAUUAUCUGUGGUGUACAGAUGGUGUUAAAUUCUUUUGUAAUCAAAUUAUAUUUUUCACCUUUACCUUUGUACAGAUUGUUGACAGCAUGUUUAAUUUUUGACGUUGAGCACCGUUUAUGUAAAUGGACUUGAAAGAAUUGCAUCUGAAAUACAUUGUCCCUGAAUUUCAGCAGUACGUGUGAACAUACAAGAAAAUGAGUUUAAAAUUUAAGAUAACUACAUUUUAGGCACACUAAAACUUCUGAAAUAUUUUGCUUGGGUAUUUUUACCUUAAACUGCUGAGCUGAAAGCAGUUGUUAAAAGAAGCAGGCCUCCUCCUCUGGUCCUUCAGUGAGGAGCCCUGUGAGAUGGUCGCUAGAGUGAUACAGAUUUUUACAAUAUUUAAGAAGAAAAGUAUUUGUUAGAAUGACUGUAAUCUUUCUCUCUAUUGAUUUGAUGUAAUAGUGUUUCAGAUACUAUGUACAGUCUGCUUUUAUGUUGGAAAGGAAAUUUAAUGGGUAAAGAAUAAAAGAGAAAAAAAAAACAAGGAAAAGUUUUACAACCUACACAGAGCUUGAUGAGUCUGCUGAAGCACAGAUAAUCUGAGGAAGAACAGGCACCUCUUACAGACUCUGUGACUUGCUGGACCAAACAGCACAAGGUUCUGUACAUGACCCACAUUGAUGCUGUGUAUUAGCUAAAGCUUCUUAGUAUUAUUCCCAAGAAAUGUAACUAGUUCUAAGGAAAAUUGAAUGGAGUAUCAGUAACAGAGGUUUGGAGAAGCAAUCUUUUGUCUCUUGAUUUAUGAACAACAUUUUUAUAUUUCAUGUCUGCAUUUCCCACCUUAUGGUCUUUGCACUUCUGAGUCAUUUGUUUUGUCCCAGUUACUGGCAAAAGGCUGCUAAAAGUGAGCCUUGGCAUCCCACUUGUUUGGACUCCUGAAAUCAUCACAGAUGCUUUGUAGAAAGUAAUAAAUCUUGGACUGCUUUGUUCUGUAGAGAAAGCCCUGCUACAGCAGGCUGGUAAACGGAAUCUGAUCUCUGUUUAUAAAUUUAUUUCCCUCCCCUUUGCCAUUUUGUCUAAUGAGGGCAAAUGAAUGAGUUUAACCCUUACAAAAUUAAAUUCCAGCCCCGUGAUGUCUGUGAUUGAGGAAAGAUCAAAGUGCUGCUUGCAUGCAAACUGACCUAGAAUAACACAGGCACUCUCGAGCCCCCUUGGCUUUUGCUAGAGCACUGGAAAGACACAAGUCUGUGAUUUCAUUGCUGCAUAGAAACAGUGGCAGUGGUGAGGUUUUGCCUGCUUUCUGUAGUGUUGAGGAUUGCAUGUGGUGUUGAGGAGAUGGGGCUGCUGCCAGCACUGCUCCAUGUUGUGCCACAAUGAAGACACCCAGAGUUUUUUUGCCUCACCCAGUGCCUGGUGCCCACAACACCCAGGCCCUGCUGCAGAAGGGCUCCAGGACUGCAAAAUGACUUCCCAGUUCUUGGUUUGUCCAGUGUCCUCUGCCUCUGGAAUGCCCUGAGUAUACAGUGGAGAAAUUGGAAUUCUCUCUUUGGUGUCUGGGGGUUUCCAGAGAUCCAGCUUUUACAGUUGAGUUCUUUCAGUAUCUUAACCUUAUAAAUCCCUUUAACAUAACUUCUUUUUCAAUGUUUAACUGCUUUAACAGAGAGGAAUGGCUUCCAGUCCUUUUUUCUGCUGAGUAAUGUGCCGUGUGAAUAAGUUUGGACUUAUGUAACAGUUAACUUUCACUGAUAAUUUUGUCAGGAAUGUGCACAAAAUGUGUUUUUUCUCUGCUUUUCUGUACUGUUUGUGUACCCAGGUCAGGUUCUUACCUUGAAUUAAUUUGUUCAGUGCAGUUUAUAUUUUAAAAUAUAAAAGAUAAAAUAA